AUGCCUACAUGACACGCUUUCGUCACUAAAUCUUUAUUUAAAUUUGUUUUAAAAGUUAAUCAGUUAACAGUUGCGUAUGAUGUUACAAAAGGUUGAAUGGGAGAUAAGUUAUUCGAUGGCAGAGAGUAGCUUCCCCGAGGACGCUAACCACGCCAGUCGUUAGAAACGCUCUCAGGAGGAAUCUAAUUUGUUUAAAACUGAAUUGAGAAAUUUAAGCAGUUUUUUAACAUGGGAAAUCAAGAACAAGAACUACAUAUAGCUGUAAGGAAGGGCCAUGCAGCAGCUGUUGAAAGGGUCUUGGCAAAUGGCACUAAUAUCAACUGUUUGUUUUAUGGAUGGACUCCCCUUCAGUUGGCUAUAGAAACUGGAAAUCAGGACAUGGCAACAUUGCUGCUAGAGAAAGGAUGUGACUUCCAACUCCAUGACAAAAAUUCAAAGUCACCAUUUGAAGAGGCCAUAAUGAAAAAGCAAAACAAGGUCAUGAAAGUUUUGCUUCAGAAAGGUAUGUCAAGUAAUCAAACACUAUCCUGUGGCAGAACACCACUGACCUAUGCAGCUGCUGAAGGUUCUGUAGAACUGCUAAAUAUUCUUUUGAAAGGUGGAGCAGAUGUAAACCUUCCAGACAGUCAAGGCCACACAGCACUGUACCUAUGUGCCAAGCAGGGACAGGAUGAGGCAAUGAAAGUUCUGUUGUCUGCUGGAGCAGAUGCCAACUAUGUGUGCAUGCAAGAAGGGGGCUUUACGCCCCUUAUAGCAGCAGCAUCUAAUGAGCAUCUUCAGACAGCUACUAUUCUGAUAAAGCAUGGAUGUGACUUGAACAUGCAAGAUGAUGAUGGGUGGUCAGCUUUGUGGCAUGCCUACAGCAACUCCAGCGACGAUGUCUGCAAGGCACUUCUUAGAGCAGGGGCAGACAAAUCUAUUCCCAAUAAGGAAGGAGUAAGCAUCGUCCAGGAUGCCAAGAACAACGAGGAUGAAACUAUGCUAGAACUGUUCCAAAAAUGUAACAAUCUAGUCUAAGUAUUGAAGAGUGUAAAGGUAGGAUUUCAUGGUCAGAGUCAAAUAAGCUCUUUUUGUUUGCUGGUGACAUUUUGAAAAACAACCACCUUUUCAGCUUUCAAAAAGUAAUGGUAACUAACACAUUAUAAACUGACAGCUAGCUUACAAUAGAUGGAAGAAUGUAGCAUGGCGUUGUCAGCAUGUGCGACCGUGUGUGUGUGUGAGAGAGAGAGAGACAGAGAGAGAACCUGUGUUAUCUGCUGUGUAUGGUCGCGCUGAUGUCUAAACAUGUUCAGUGUGGGUUGUUAUCGUGCGUGCUAGAAGGCCCUGUUCAAACAAAGAUGUUGUUUUAAAAGAAUAAAAGUGCCGUUAUAUGGUUCUGUAUUUACUUAACACCACGACCAUGUGUAUUUAUACUAACUCAUGUUAAUCGGCUGCUUGCUAUCAUCUGUUUGUGGAAUAUUUAUUUUUGUCAUUGUUGUUGUUCUGCCAGUUUCUCGUCAUUGUGAGCUGACUAUAAACAUGUAACCCUCUUAAGAAA